AUGCUGAAAAUAUCUGUUCUGAAGGUGGAGAACCCAUCGUGCCUCUGGGGUGCCAUUUGGGGUCUCAGCGGUGAUGUGGAGACUUCAGAACUUUACAAAAAGCUACAUUUUCAGAUGAACCUCUUCUACCGUGGUGCCACGCAGGACGUGUGCACGCUAAAGCCUACGUCGUUGGAGGAAGGAGGGGUGUAUGUGGUGUACUGGGCGGAAAAGAAGUUGUGGUGUCGGGCCGUGGUGGAGUCGAUCUUCGUGGACUCGGUUUCCUGUCAAGCUUGGUGCUUUCUGGUCGACCACGGAGAGCGAGUCGUCGUCCCCUCAGAGCAGAUCCGGGUGGCAAUGGAGGACUUCCUUCAGCUGCCUUUCAGGGUGCGAAGGUUCCACCUGGCGGGAAUCAAACCAACAACCCUGCGAGUGUCUCUGCUUGAGGAGAAGGCAGAGCUCAAACCGUCAGCUCGGUGGGACAGCUCUGCCACGCUCUUCCUGCACAAGCUGCUGCAAGCAUCGACCCUAAAGGAGGCCGUGCUGCUUGAACCCGAGUCAGACUCUACCCCUAUCAAGCUUUACGUGACCGUUGGUGACAUCAAGAUCUGUGUUAAUGACGACUUGGUGGCGAAGAGGUUUGCCUACUACAGCACAAAAUCAGGUGACGGCCUGGAGGAGGGAGACCGACUUCCUGUGAUGCUGUCCUACAGCAUCUUAACCCAGAGCGUCUCCCCGGUCUCAAACAAGCCGACAGCACAAACCCAGCCGCCUCCCGAUCAGCAGAUCCUGGUUGAAGCUGGGGGGGCAGCUGAUUGGCUUACAGCUCCUUCCCUGUCUCCUCAGAUUGUACAACACAAGCUGGUGAAGGCUGGAGGUGAACAUCGGUCAGUGGUCACAAAACAACAGCUGUCUCCAAACAGCCAAUCAGGGAGCGGCUCAGACGCAGCUGAGAGCAGCUCGUCAGACGACGCAGACUCGUCUCUGGCUGCAGCCCUCACUAAAAACCUUCAGCUGUUCAGGUUUCUACAGUUUAUGAAGCCUGGCAGCAGUUCCGAGCUGGCAGCUCCCCAGGUGAGUGCAUUUUCCAACAUUGCAGGUGCAGGUUGGACCAACCAGGUCCUAACAGCUGAGCCCGCCGUCUACUCCAGCGGUGUCAGCAGGGGGCGCUCAUUAAUGUACACAUGUCGUGCAGGCAUGAAUCCUCCUCAAGUCUGUCCCAGCAGUGAGAAACCAGGAGCUAAGAAUCUUCAGAGCUGUCAGGCUGAAUCUUUGGUGGAUGAAGAGGCAAGCAGCUCCAGCACAUCUGUCGCCUCGGCUCCAGCAGAGGAGACCCAGAGCAGUGAGAAGGACUGGGCCUGUGCACGCCUGUUGGAGUUGUUGAAUCCACAGGCUCUGAACCCCGAUCCCGACGCCGAAGACGCUGUGGUUUCUCCCCUCGACCCCUGCCGGAGUGGGAUUCUGGUGCACGCUACCUUCCCAGCAGAGCCGUGGAUCAGUGUGAAUGACACCGCCAUCGCAGACACCCUCUGCUGGGUGCAGCGGAAGCAGUACAGCACUUUGUCUCCAGCUGACUGUUACAGCUGGCCAGCUGUGGCCCGAGGAUGCCAUACCCUUGUUAUCUCCAGCAGCGCAGACCAGCCACUCAGCUACCUUACCCCACUCCUUACCCACAUCAUCCUGAACUCCAUCUUCACUUCCCACACCUCCAGCUCAGGGCCCAUAGCUGUGCUGCUGUGUCCCGGUUGGGAGAAGGUCCAAGCUGUUUAUGACCUCCUGGGGGUGAGUAAGGUCUCCCAAAAGCUCUACCCCACAACUGUGCUGCUGGGCAUCGGCAAGGACGAGGCUAAGAGUGUCAAGAUCCCCAAAAACUGCCUGCUGUUGGUGACCACUCCUUUCAGUCUGGUCCGUCUGCUGUCCUGCCACUGCUUCCUCUUCCUGCGGCUGUGCCACCUGGUGCUGGACGAAGCUGACCAGCUCUUCAGUCUGGCUCCAGAUGAGAUGACGACCAUCUUGCAGCAUUUCCAGGUCACCUCUGACAAGGAAAGUGAUUCCUGUCCUCCGCAGCUGAUUGUUGUAGCCAAAAGAUGGACAAAUCACAUGGAGGGUUUGUUAUCCACUUACAUGCCAUGCCCCAGCAUCGUCAUAAGUGUUCCUGAGGAAGCCGCGCUCUACGGUAACGUUCAGCAGGUCAUCCUCAUGACUCUGGAGAUCAGUAAGAUCUCAGUCCUGUUGGGAACGCUUGGCUUCAGCCCCGACGUCGGCCAGAAGACGCUGAUCGUAGCAAACUCCUUUCAGGAGGUCGAAGAUGUGUUCAAGGCUGUGAGCACCAGGUCAGUUUUCUGCCUCAAGAUCCACGAAGGGUUAACUCAUGACAUGGACUUUGUGCUCGAGCAGUGGAAGAAGGACAUCGGCCCUGGCACUCACAUUAUUCUCGUAACCACCGACAAUUGUCUCAAGGGUCUGGAUAUCAGAGAUGCGACCUGCGUCGUCCAUUACAGUUUCCCCUCCUCUCCUAAGCUCUUUGGCAGCCGACUCUUCUGCAUGGCUGAAAACUUCAGGAACUUCUCAAAACGAGAUCAAAUGAGGAGCAGCUCAGCCGUCACCAGGUCGGUGCUGCUGAUCUCAGAAAGGAACGCCCGCCACGUCAUUGGGGUUCUGCGUUACCUGGAAAGGGCAAAUGACCUGCUGCCCCCCGAGCUGCUGACCUUCGCACAGGGGGUACAAAUGGCACGCGAGGACCAGAAAACAGAGCGCCCCCUCUGCAGCUACCUGAAGAGUUUUGGCGUGUGCAGAAACAAUGGCAUUUGUCCUGAACGCCACUGCUUCAUCUCACAGCUGGAUCAGUCCAAACUGCCGGCAUCUGGAGUCAUAGAAGUUGUACCGCUCUACAUAAAGACAGCGUCAGUCUUCUGUGGCCGUAUCGUCGAGAAGGAGGACGGAGGCUUUGAGAAAAUGGCCUCUGAGAUGGCUUCGUACUACGCAGAGAAGAAGCUUGGAGCCAGAAAGCUGCUGGAAGGAGGAUUGUACGCUGUGCAGGAGGACGAUGUCUUCCACAGGGUGAAGCUCCUCUCUGUGCCCGACAGAGGCGGACGGCUGUUUUUCUGCGUAGUUGUUUGCUUCAUUGACAUGGGAAAGGAGGAGGAGGUGAAAUCCCAUCAGAUCCUCGAGCUGCCGGAGCAGUUUCACUCUCUGCCUGGACAGGCCGUAGAGAUCGUUGUCUGCCGGGUCAAACCAAUUGAUUCUGAGACCAGCUGGCACCCCAAGGUUACCAGAGCCAUCAGCCAGAAGAUCCGCGGACUUCAGCAUCGAGCCAGAGUAGUUCUCAGCCUGGGAAACACAGUUUUUGUUGAUCCAAUGGUUCGGGUCACCCAGAUUCCAGGAAUGAAAACUGUCAUCAAUGAAUACAACGUCCAGGCGGAGAUCCUGAAGACCGGGAUGGGAAUCAGGAACCCGGAGCAUGUGGACCUGCUGAGGGCGCUGUGUGAGGAGAACAGCAGCAGCAAGGAUGAAGGUCACAUGCUUGGAGAUAAUAUUACAUCUCUGGAGGAUGUCAGGAUUACAGCUGAGGAAGAAGUUCUGGCCAACAACUUCAAGGCUCCAGACCUUUCUCCACUAGAGGCAAUGAGGUCAGGAAACCAGCCCCUGGUCCCAGCACCUACAGACCACCUGGUCCCAGUGUGUGAUCAGAACUCCCAGUCAGAGAGUGAGGGUGGUUUUGGACAGAGAAACACUGAUAAGAAGUCAGCUGAGCAGAUGGAGAGCACCAGAGAUGGAGACGUUUUCCCAUCAACCAGCUACACUGCUGCUCUGAACCUGCAUGAAGAAGGGCACGUGUAUACAGGUGUGCAGGAAGGCGCUGAUCAAAGCAGCAGGCAGCAGGUCAUCAGCACAGGCUCUGAUGAUGCUUCACGAAGUUUCCACCCUCUGAUCCGCUGGUACCAGACGCCCGACUCUGCGAUUGUCACCGUGAAGCUGGCAAACCCGGAGAACCAGCGCUGCGACUUCUGCUCGGACCGAGUUAUUUACAGUGGCAGCGUGAACGGUCGGUUCUACAGAGCUGACCUGGAGCUUCACUACGAAAUCGCAGCUGACGUUUGCUGCUGGGAAAUGAAAUCCAAUGAACCAGUUCUCAAACUGGUCAAGCAGCAGCCGGGAACCUGGGACAAACUCCUCAGAAACAAGAAUAUAUUUGUGAGUUAUGACAUGGAGCACUUUGACGGUGAGGAUGAGGAUGGAGUACCAAAUGGUCAGUGGUUUGUGGAGAACACGGGUGAAGAUGACUGGUAUAGGAACUCGGAGAGCAGCAGUGAGAGCGACGACUUCUUAUAACAUCCUCCAACCACU